AUGGAAAUGGUCAAAGAUGGCUGGCCAGAGGAGAGGUCAGCUCUUCCCUUGAACAUUAGAACAUAUUGGCCAUAUCGUGACGAAAUCAUUGUAAGUGAUGGAGUGUUAUUCAAGGGAGGAAAGUUGAUCAUUCCAAAUCCAAUGCGCAAGGAGAUGAUUGGAUUCGACUUAUUCCAGCAUCAGGACAACACGUAUCUUCUUGCCAUAGACUACUAUUCAAAGUUUGUAGAACUGUUCCUACUUAAAAAUGACACUCGAAGCCAAACAGUCAUUACACAUUUGAAGUCUUUAUUUGCACGCCAAGGAAUUCCUGAUGAGGUAAUGACAGAUAAUGGACCUCAAUUUUCAAGUGAUGUGUUCAAAGUCUUUAGCAAAAAAUGGGACUUUAAACACACAACCUCCAGUCCAAGAUAUCCCAGAUCUAAUGGGAUGGUGGAGAGAGGAGUACAGACAGUAAAGAACCUGUUGAAAAAGGCUCAGCAGGAUGGCAGAGAUCCUUAUCUGGCCUUGUUAGAGUACCGGAACACACCUGUCAAUGAGAAAGGAUCACCUGCUCAGUUGUUGAUGAGUCGACGGCUUAAGACUCCCAUUCCAGUAAGUGCACAGUUACUUAAACCAGAAGUGUUAACCGAUGUGCGCGAAUGUUUCACAGAUCGUCAAAGAAAGCAGAAAUUCUACUAUGAUCGUGGUACAAAACUGGAAGAAACUCUUAGUAAAUGA